ACGUCCCCGAGAGAGCGUUUCCUUGGGAUUUCCUUGGGGAGUGAUGAACUCCGUGGAGCCUCAGCCGCACCACCACCACCAGCACCAGAACCAGCACCAGCUCCUCCACAAGGGCCCCCCGGAGCCCCCGGCCCCGGACAUGGUGUACUGCGACAGCCUGGCCAGCGUGUACCAGCAGCAGAGCCUGCCGGCCGGCCCCGGCCAGAGGGCCGGCUACGGCUCCUCUGUCCUGGGGGACUACGGCUCGUCCCCGGGCCCCCACAGCGGCCCCUACCUGUGGCCCGUCGGCGCGUCCGCGUCCUACCUGCACGGCGGCGGCGCGCCCUUCAUGCCGCCCGCCUACGGCGCGCAGCGGCCGUUCCUGGGCGGCUCGCAGCCCGGCUUCGGGGCCGGCUUCGGCGGCCCCGCGGUGCCGGACCUGGGCUGGCUGUCCAUCGCCAGCCAGGAGGAGCUGCUGAAGCUGGUGCGGCCGCCCUACUCCUACUCCGCGCUCAUCGCCAUGGCCAUCCAGAACGCGCACGAGAAGAAGCUGACGCUCAGCCAGAUCUACCAGUACGUGGCCGACAACUUCCCCUUCUACAAGAAGAGCAAGGCCGGCUGGCAGAACUCCAUCCGCCACAACCUGUCCCUGAACGACUGCUUCAAGAAGGUGCCGAGGGACGAGGACGACCCGGGGAAGGGAAACUACUGGACCUUGGACCCAAACUGUGAAAAGAUGUUUGACAACGGCAACUUCCGGCGGAAACGGAAAAGACGGUCGGACCCGAGCGGCGCCGGAGGAGCAGCGGCAGCAGCGAGCAAGUCGGAGGAGCGGGGCCCGACGGCGGGGGCCCCCCCCCUCAAGCCCUCCGACAGCCCCCAGCUGCUGGGCCCUUCCUCCCCGGAGAUGGAGCCCAUGAACGACAACCACAAAAACUCUUCCCCGUCCCCGUCCGGACUAUCCUCGGCCGCGCCGUGCUUCAACAACUUCUACAGCAACAUGUCGUCGCUGGGCUCGGGGGCCCCGGGCCGGCAGGGGUCCCUGGGGCUGGUGAACGAGCUGUCCAACAGGAACAUAACGGCCCUGAGCCCGUACCAGCAGGACUCGGGGCCGGCGGAGCACGGCGACGGCCUGCACUUUAACCGGGGAGUGUACUACAACACGUUCGGCGGCGCGCAGGGCGGACAGUUCAACAGCCACUUCUACAACAGCUUCAGCGUCAACAGCCUGAUCUAUCCCCGGGACGGGACCGAGCUGUAGGGGCCGCUCUGAACACUAAACUAAACUUUAAAGCCUACACACAUGCGUUUGCCACGCGCAACGGACCGAGCUGGAGGUCGCUCAGCCUCCCGGACUCAAACAAACUCAUAAGUGCAGCAGAGAGAUUUCUUUUCUACUUUCAGUCAAAAACACUGACUUUGAUUUCCCCGCAUCGAGCGAGCCUGCAGAUCCUGACGGAGGACGAUCCAGCUGAGACAAUCCUCCACCAGCAGCACACACACUCCAAAGUUGCCUUCGUGACACCACCAUUACCUCAAAAACAACAACCACGUGUGACGAGACGGCCCUCCGUCCGCCCGUGGCUUCUCUCUUUAGACACAUGCAGUAAGUUUGAAGUGAGAAAGGGCUUGCCUUACCCCCUUAUAGCCUUCAUGUUGAAACUGCAGCGCGGUGGCUCACAAAUAUGCUUGAUUCAUGUGUAUUUUUUGUAAAUUAAACAUAGUUUGUGAAUAUUUAUGCUAUUUAUGUGAAUAGACAUUUUUUUACUUGUUGUCCGAACAUAGUUUGAUUAAAGCAGAAGUAUUAGCUGGCAAAGUGCACAGAGAACCGCAUCACUAAAACCCAUAUAUCAUAAAUAUACAGUAUAUAUAAACAUAUAUUAAAAAGCUAUAUCUGGUUUUUGUGAUUUCUCUCAGGAUACAGUCUGGCAGUUGUUAAAUAGCUUUUCUAUCUACUAUUGUAUUUUCUUAAUCUUUCUACAGUAGGUGCAUCCUACAGGCAGU